CCAGAAUCUAAAAAAUAAAAAUAAAAUAAAAUGAGUAUCACAUUAAUGACAAGCAGGCGCAACCUGGUGCUGAAGUUCGUCAUCGCGGCGCUCUCCAUGUAUCUGCUCAUCAUGUUGAUCUCAAGUCGGCCGACAUCAACGUUCAUUCGUGAACUUCAACAAUCCGGACGGAAUUUAGCCGCGCUGGAACCACAAACCAUCGUGGAGAUUGUCGAACCUGCCGAAUUAAAACUACCACCGACAGCUGAGGAAGUUUCACAGUCACAAUCGUCGGUUAUUCAAAUUGUGAGGCAACGUGCGCGUAAAGUUGAAGAGGAGGGUGGCGAUAUUAACGAGAAUAAACUGAUGGAAAAAGAUGCUGAGUCACCCGAGUCAAAAGUUGCGGAUUUAGAACAAGAACAAGAGAGUCCAGAAGAAAAGAGAAGUAUAUACGAUCUGGUGCGGGAAUACACGAAGUGUGUCGAUCGACCAGUGGUCGCAAAAACACAACAGCGCGGAGACUAUUGGGUGCUGUAUAAUUACGUGCGCCCUUCGCGAACAUUCGGCUGUCACGAAAGCGUGACAUACACGACGCAUGCGGAUUACACAUUCAUGGACAACUUGGUGCCGUUGAUGGAGCGAUGGCGUGGUCCGUUGAGUAUUGCACUGCAUGCGCCCGGUGCCGAUUUCAAACCGACGAUGGAGUCAAUCGCGCAUUUGCGCGACUGCACGUCGCCGCUGGUGAAGGAGUUCGUCACGUUCCACGUCUACUUCAGCACCAGACAUGUGCCAAAAGAGGUGCCCAGACACAAUAAAGUCUUCAGCGAGCCAUACAACUGUUCGCUGACACCACCGUACAUGAACGCAUCAUCGGAACAAAUGUAUAAAACACAAAAGAAGCUGUUGUAUCCUGUCAAUGUUGGUAGGAAUGUCGCCCGCGAGAUGGCCACCACACACUACAUCCUCGCGUCGGACAUCGAGUUAUACCCCACACCGAACAUCAUCGAACAGUUCCUAACGAUGAUCGCGAGCAACGCGCCGCCACUGCGCAGUAACAAACCGAAAGUGUUUCCGUUGAAUCUCUUCGAGAUUGCUGCCAAUCAGCAGGUGCCGGAGACGAAAACAACGCUGAAGGAGAUGGUCGCCAGCGGCACGGCGGUGCCCUUCCAUAAAAAACUCUGCUCGGGUUGUCAUAGUAUACCAAUGGGUAAGGAAUGGAUGGCGGCCAAUGAAACGCAAGGGCUGCACGUGUUUCACGUCGGCAAGCGCAUGGGGAAAUUCGUGCACUGGGAGCCCAUCUUUAUCGGCACGCAUGCAGAACCGCUCUACGACGAACGCCUGAGCUGGGAGGGCAAGAGUGAUAAAAUGACUCAGGGCUAUGCACUGUGCGUGUUAGACUACGAAUUCCUCAUCAUCGACAACGCAUUCCUGGUGCACAAACCAGGCAUAAAGAUCUUGAAAAAGGACCCGAAACGAGCGGCGCUCGCCGCCAAGACAAAUCAGCUCAUCAAGAAGAUCAUCUUCCCCGAGCUGAAGGUCAUCUACGGUGUGAAAAAAGGCUGUGCUGUUUAAUGCAAACGUAGUAAAACCGAUACGUAUGUAGAACGUACUUCGAAGAGAAAAACAAUCGCGGUGCACGAAUAAAAAACAUGUAAAUAUUUGCAUAUACUAGUAAAACAGAAGCUCUAAGACAAUGCGUACUAAAGUAAAGGUUCUACUCUGUGCUAUGCGCCAUUUUGAAACGCGUUUGUAUAAAGAUAAAACAACAACUCUAGUUUAGUCUUAUGGUUUAUCCUAAUUUGCUAUUCACUACUACGUCUUAAAGAGUUACUUUUAGAUUUGAUUUUAGUGCAACAAGUUUUCGACUACUUAUCCUUUUGCUCAAAGACACUUUUAUUUGUAAUCGACAUUGUUGUGUUAUAGAUAUUUAUUGAAAUAUGUUUUGUACAUAACUAGAUUAUACUCGAUCAUGUAAAUUUAUGGACACGCUUGUGUCAAGUCACGUUUUUGAUCACAUCACUACUUUAUUUAAUCAUUAUUUUACUAUGUGUAUAACACGAUUAGCGUUUGUUCAUUUGUGUACGACAUUACACGCGUGUGAAACAUGCACGCUGUACGUUACAAAGCGCAUGAAACACAACACAAUCGAUAGAGAUAUCGUAGGAAAUCCCUUAAAUGGCAGCAACCAAAUGUACGCGUUUAAAUGAGGUUAAUUUAACGGCCGAUUGUGCUUUGUUUCAUUGUGCAUUUGUCCAUGUUGGUUGCAACAAACGAGUUAUUCACUUUUCAUGGAAUCUUAAAUGGCUGCCAGAAGGUAUCACCUGUGAAAGCAUUCAUAAUUGAAGAAGCAAGAAAACUUUAAUUAUGUGCUACAUUUUAAAUUACAACGACAUAGGACGUAAUUAUCCGCAUAAAUUAUUCAAUCGCCAAUGGCCGAGUUUAGGAAAUGACUGGGAACUGAAAGCUGGGUGAAAUAUUGUGUCCUGGUCAUUAUUUUGUUUUAAUAUUUUGUUCAAAAUGUACUUUCAAAACAAUCUCAUUCAUAUCAUCACUUUAAAUGCAUUAAUCAUGCACCUAUGUUUGACUUACUAGAAGUUGAUUUAAUCGUUGAUGUGCCUUAUUCACAUGGUGAUUUAGAAUGUUAUCGUUGCAAGUGCAAACGAAGAGCAAGACACGAGUAAAACUCGUCAAAAUGAAAUUUAAACGAAAUUCGUAUCUUAAAUAUUCAUUGCCUAACUCAGGGUUUCCCAAAGCAUACGCCACCUAUCGAGCAUUAUUGUAAGUUGCGAUAAGUUUGGGAAUCCCUGGCCUAACUUAAUCAUGCGAGAAUCACACUUGACAUCUAAACCGGAAGUAAUAUAUUUAUCAUUAAAUGAAAUCACAGAAAUAAACGUAAAUUAUUAUUAAAGCGGAAACAAAUUGUAAGAAGCUAUGAGAGACAAGCAAAUAUGAGAGUAUAUUAAUUUUUGUACUGUUAUACAUACUCCUAAAAUGUAUUAAACUUGAAAAUACGAUAUUUUAUCUUGUAUGCGAAGAGAACAAGUGCGCGCAGCGUUUUUAUAUGAAUUGAGGAUAGAGCUACGUCAUAUUGUAUGCCAAUUGCCAAAAAUAGAUGCAUUACUUUGACUGUUUGAUUAUUUACUUUGCGUGAGAUGCGAAAUAAAUACGUUUGAAAACGUCAA